AAACAAACACGGCGCCUCGGGACAUCGCUGUAACCAGACACAAGUCACAAAAAUGAUAAAGGAAGAACAUAGAACCACUGCUUAAUAACGUAUGAAUCUCACAAGAAUCUCAUAAGAAUCUCACAAGAAUCUCACCAAUCUCCAUGUCAUAAUACAAACUACCAUUUUGUAUUAUUCAUACAAAAUUCACCCAUCGAACAAGAUGCAGCUGUUACGCAUUCAUUAUCAGAAGUUAUUUGUCUGCCUGUCGUUUGUGAUGCUGGUGUUUGUGGUGGUCAGAGUUUGGGACAGUGACAGUGACCCCAUUGCACAACGGCAGAAUGGCUCAGGAUCUCUCAAGAUCUCCGAGAAGAGGCAGGGCAGUGUCCAUGAAAACAGCAUCAACAUAGACUCUCCUGUUUUGUCUCUGCACCCUGAACGCUCAGGGAACAAGGGUGGCAGUGUAAAUGUGUUUGCGGAUCUGUUUCAAGAAUUGGCCAAGGAAGAGACCUGUCCUUUGUGCUUUGGCCAGGACCUCUGUGAAGAUAUAUCAGCUGGAUUUUUAACACUGUCAUCAGAUACUCCACAUGUCCACGAUUCUGAUGUGUCCUAUGAGGCACAUCUUGGAGACUUGCAUAAGCUGUCUGUUAAGGUGCCAUCAUCUGAUCGAUUCUCAAAAUUGGAUGACUUGGUUUGCAACAAUGCUAGUUUGGGAAUGGGUUGCACAAUUCGUGCUGCAGCCUAUAAGUCAUACCUGGGAAGACCCCAUGAACUGACAUCUCGCUCACUCUACAAGCUACUGCACCAUAUUGGGAUCACCAGGAGGAAUUACCCGUUGUUAAUGUGUCCAAGUAGAAAGCUUUUAACUGUAGUUGAAAGGACUUUUGAUGAAAAUGAUGACCAUGAAUUAACUCAGGAGGAGCGCUUGAAUCUGUAUACAACAUUGGCCAUUGCUCCUGAACUUGUUGUUUUGAAGCUGCUGACGAAAGCCAAUUUGAAUGUAGGAUUUCCCCGUCUUGUUGGUGUGUGUGGACGGUUGGCUGUACUGGAGGAGGAGAUGACUCCACUGAGCUCCAUGCUGGAUGAGCCCUUCAAUGUCCGGGCGUCUCUGGCAGCUCAAAUCCUUACUAUGAUUGAUGAUUUCAUGGAGGAUCAUCCUGAAUGGUACCUGUUUUAUGCCUCGUGGUCGAUAGAGAAGCUUGCAGUGAACAAGGAGGGAGAAGUGGUGCUCAUAGAUCUGGCUAACAUGGCAAUAAUUGACAAAUCUCUCUUUAGAGAUGAUUACGAAGAUACACGAGAAACCCAGAAUCACGAGGUGUGCAACAAGGACUGUUUCCAGAAGUUUACAAGUGAAAUAUACAGAGAAGGACAUGACACAGACGAGAUGUGUUCGCGUGUAGAGGAUGUGGGACACCUCAUGUAUGCUGCUGUGUGUGCAAUGAUCCUCAGUGACAUGAAGCAACACAAAUAUGUGGAUUACUUCAGCUCUACUUCUGGGAACCAUCAACAGCCAAGAUUGACAAGGGGUUUACUGCACAACAUCCCUGCUGCAGACAGAGCAACAGUGGAGGAGCUUCUUGCAGAGUGUGUAGAGGAGGCCGCUCCUGGAGGACGACUUCAGGCAGCACAGGAGCUUAGAGAUUUCCUCUCAGACUUUCUCCUCGACGAAGAAGAUGAGGAAGGAGAUGAAGAUGAAGAGGAUGAUACGGGGGACAACGGCGAGGAUUAUGACGAUGAUUAUGAAUACGAAGACUAUGGCACAAACAAGGAAGGAUGAGGUGAAGUGCUAUGUAGCAUUCACAGCAUGGCAAGAGGAAGAUGAUUGAAAGGAACGAUAGUGAUUUCUUUUUCUUCCCAAGCCUAUCCUCUUUCCCUUUUUUGUUUUUCUUACUCUCUUUUCCGGUGUAACGUGUAAAAUAAUUCUUCCAUGACUGUUGGUUGCAAUGUGAUUCUUGGUGAAUUCAAACCAACGUAAUUUCGUUCUCUCUGUAUAUAUGUUGUUGGGAGAAGAGUGCAGAUUACGGUGCUGGUGACUGUGAGUAUAUAUUGCAGGGUUAGUUGCCUCUUAUUGUAUAAAACCAGUGUUAUGUUAGGCUGUUUUAGCAUUGCCCUUUUGAUAGUUAGGAAAAUGUGAAACAGUUUUCUAUUUAUGUGGAACUAUACAUAUAUAUGAUGCCCAUUUUCUAGGUAUAAUGCAAUAGGAAAUCUAUCUUCCAUUAAAAAAUAGCUUUUUAAUGAUUUAUCAAUUGGAUUUUGAUUGGGAUUUUUUUUUUGUUUUUGUUUUUUUUGUCAUGUAUCUUUGUGUUAAGUUUAACAUAUAUUGAUAAGCAUCUAAACUGUGCUUAAGCAUAAACCAUAUAUGGCAUUAUUUGCAUGUGAUGCAUAAUUUCCAAAUUCAUUAAUGCAAAGAUGCUUGCCUAAGUUUAACCUUGCUGAUUAUCUCUAUUAGGUGCUUAGCGACUGCACUUAUUUCUGGUAGCACCGUGAACUUUCUUCAGUAAGCUGGGUGUGCAGAGUUGCUAGGAGGAAGGGAAGGCAGGUAUUCUGGAAGGUCAGCUUUAUAGGCAGCUAGAAUGUCACAAAUUUGGUAAUAAUAUUUGUUCUUUAUAAGUGCAGGGAAAAUCUCUUUACCGAGCCUAGGUAGAUCUUCAGUCCCUUUUCUUUUUCUUUUCUUUUGGCAUUGGGCAUUAUGUUACUCCUUGCAGUAACUGAGUGUUUGAAACUAAUGGUGCUGUCGCGUCAGUCAGCACCAUUAGAAAACAUUAAAUAACAUAUGCUGAAGAAACAGUUGUGUUUAUAAACAGCCCUUAUUAUGAGGACUAUUAUUUGCAGAAGUGGGUUUGCGAAUUCAGAUGCAAAAUAACAAGAUGCAGUUUAACGGUAACGCACUAGAAUUAUAAAUGCAAUAGAAUUAUGAUAUGUGGUAGAUUCUGUUGAUCAGAAAAAAAAGCGCGAGAGAGAUUUUUAUACUUUGAUAAUUUUUGUAUGGAGAAUGUUGUAGCAAGGGAACUUCUUUUUAGUAACUCUUUGCAGGACAAUCUAAGUAUAUUUAUAAUAUACUUACUGUAUAUGACAUAUAUAUUUUUUGUUUCAAUGAUUCAAUAAUCAUUGAUAUAUACAGUCACUUGCACUGUGUAAAAGAAAAAAAAAAUAGAAUGUAGAGAUGUUGCCAUUAUAAUUUGAGUGUAUCUGCAGUUACUUCCUAUUUGACUUGUGAAUAUUUAUUUUCGGGCAGCUCGUGCUGGCAGCUUUUUAAAGGUUGCCUGAGGUAAGAAAUAACAGAGCAUUUUGACUUUAUGAUUUACAUAUUGUGAAUUAUUACAGACUUACGGAUUGCUGGCUUUUGUACAUUAAUGUGCUGGAUUCUAACAUAUUGGUUAUUCAUAUUCAUGCCAAGGUGUCAUGCAUAUUUCAUCAACAUUUUAUAUUUUGUUUUGAGGUCAAUAAGGGCAAAUGUUUCACAAUUUGGCCUUAAAUACCUGGAGCAAAUUUCUCCCUGCAUUAUGUCAAAGAUCAUCUCCAAUCAUCCUAAAGUUAUAAGAGAAUGGAGGCUUAAAAAAGUAUAAUGGCUACAGCUUCAUUAAUCAUAGGCUUAUUUUCACUAGUUGAGACAACAGAUAACUAAAAUCACAAGGUCACUCGUUAGAGCUCAUAAUGAGUGUUUACUUUUUCUGAGUUGUCUUUGAGAUGAGAUUUGCAUUGGUUUCACAAAAGAGUUCUUGCUUUUGUAUGGUAGUGCAUAGUGUGCAACAAUAUCUUGUGAGGGUGUUUCUGGAUGUUCACUUGACAAUCAGUAGUGAUGGAUGCUUAUGAGGAUGUGUGUAUUUUGUUGCAGGAUAGAGAUGCUAAUUUUUUAUGUAGAAAAUAUUUUGUACUGAAGUUAAAUGUGAUGAGUAGCAUAGACAUUUAGAAAUGUAGAAAUAUGUUUCUUGUAGGUUGUGGUACAAUAGUUUAGUCCAGCUAAGACUUGUUUUUUGUAAUAGGGAAAUAAAGUGUACCCUUUUCAAAUCAAAAUAGUGGGUCCAUGAUUUUUCCUGUUUUCUUUCAUAGUAUUCAGUAUUCCAUUACACAUGAAAGAAUUGGUAACAAAAACAAUGUGGCUGGGUUAGGAUAGGUUAGGAUUGGUAGUCAAAUAGGUGAAUUUGAGAAUGGAAUCUAAGUUUGAAAUAAAUUGGGAAAGGAGCAAGGUCAGAGUUAGAAUCAGAAGAGAAAGGAAAAGGAAAAGGAACUGAGGUGAAGAAACACUAAUUGACGUGAAAUCCUUUGAGGGAAAGUGAUUAGUAAUAUGCAAGUUCAUUUUUGAAAUGAUACAUCAUUUCCAAAUUAUAUGACUCAAAAUUAAUUAAGUCACUUUCUACCUAUAUUUAUGAAUAUUUCUUUGUUUCUUUUUUUUUGUCUUUAUAUGUAUAUGAUCACAGUUAUAGCUACAAGCUGUUAUGUAUGUGCAUGUUCUAAUCUUGAUGUGUAUGUCAUUAUGGAUGUAAUCAGAUAAAGGCCGUGGACAAAUUAAAAAGUUGUGGAACCCGUAGCUCAACCCAGUUUUCCUGAUAGAAAGUUUAUUGUGUCUUAAUAAGGUAAUGUAUAAAUGUUGAUACUGUGUAAAAAUCUCUAAAAGAAACAUCAUUUUGUUCGUCAUAUUAUUCUAACGAUGUGCUUUUACAAAAAGUUAUUAGAUGUUUUUACGAGAUGAUAUAAAAAACAGUAUUGUUGUGCUGUCAUGUACUUAAUGAAUAACCUCGUUGAAUAAUUGAAGUGAAGUUUGUCGUGAUUAUACCACACCCUUGCAGUCUUCAGUACAACAAGCAUUGUGGUCCAGUGAUAGAGUAUGACUUAAGAUUUUCCAAGAAGUUUGGGUUGCAGAAGUCCUAGAGGGUAACUUGUGUUGAAUAUAGAUGAAAUAAGACAUUUCAGUAUGCCUAGCUGUUUCUCAGUUAGUGAUCAGUGGAUUUUUACUUAAACAGAAAAUUCCUUUUAGCUUUAUGAGUAUAGGACAGUGGCUUUACUCAAUACAAAAGCAAACUUGUUCUCUGAGGAGUUGUUUAUUAUGUAUUUGUUCUUGUGCAAAAACACACACACACACACACACACACACACACACACACACACACACACACACACACACACACACACACACACACACACACACACACACACACACACACACACACACACACACACACACACACACACAUACACACACACACACACACACACACACACACACACACACACACACACACACACACAAAUGCAAACAUAUAUAGUAUACACACGCAGAGCCAUGGGAAUACAUUUCCACACAUCAAGUAAAUACAUCAGUGUGCACAAGUUACUUUUGGCUGAUGUUAUUAACUGAGUGUCAGUGGUGUUGUGUUGGUUGCUAGUGCAAGUAUUGCAUCCCCUGACCCUUCCACCGGUCCAGUAUUAAACCCUGAACAUGUUUUAUUUUAAGAAAAUAGUAGAAAAAAUAAAAUAAAAUUUAGUGACACUUUCCUUGAAUUAUUUAAAGCUUCCUGGCUUUUAAUUAGUGCAUUUUCUUCAAUAACAUUUUUGAGGUCUACUUUCAAAUCUCUUGGUUAACUGUAUAGCUAGGUAAUGUUGAAAAUAUGUAAAAUAAUUGAAUAUUGGGACAUUUUCUGUGUGAGAGGUGGAUACUUAUUUUUUUAUUUAUCAUUACCAUGUUAUUUUUUAUAGUUCACAUUUUGCCCUCCUCCCCCCCCUGGAUAUAGAAAGAAUAUUUUUUAGAGGACAUUUAUCUUUGCAAUUUUUCUAUGCAAUAGAAUAUAUUUGUAUCACUAUUUUUAUGUUUGCGGCACAUGCGGUAGGAAGUCGAUUGUGUGUAUAUUAACAAUGAUGCUAAUAUUAUUAAACAAUGGAUUUUGUCUGUACAGACAGAUGACAGAUUUAAAGGAUUUAAAAGAAAUUGUAUGAUUUUGCAUGAGCAAGGAUUACCUCGCUUUUUGUGCAUAAGACAAUAGCAUGUACACUUGUACAUAUUUGUAUCUUGACCCGUACUGAGUAAGCUCAGUGCAGGCCAAUUCAUUUGAAUUAACAUAGUCAGCAAAAGGACUGUGCAUACAGAAUUAUAUGGAACUGCUUGAAACCUUUCUUGAAUCUUAGGUUGCAUUCUAGCAUUUGGGCCAAAGACACAUCAGUAUGUUGACCAGGUUUACCGAGGUAUCCAUCGUUGUUGUAAUAUUCCAGUGUGAUAGUGUGAUGAAUAUGUACUCACCAAGAGAUACGGCAGUAGAUGUUGACUUCAUUAUUUGUUUCAUCAUGGUAGAGGAAAAAACAAAUAUCAAACAUUUUAUUGAAACUUUAAUACCUGCAAAGUUCCUCGAAACAUGUUUACUGUUAGAGUUGUCUGCAUUUGUUUACCUGUUAUCCCGCCAACCCUACCCUCCCACAAAACGAGAAAUCUUUUGAAUCUCAUGGAUUUUGAGUUUCAGAUAUGCAUAGCCUUACAUUGUUAAAAACGUUUUACGAUAUCUUGGUAUAACGACCUUGUUCUGUGAGAGAUUGUUAGUGUGAUGUACUGUAUUCUUUGUCAACCUGUAGGAAGAUGAGAAGUUACAGAAGUAUAUAUUUCGUGUAAUUAACUAUGUAGGGAAAUGUUUGUAGAGAGAUACUGGUACCUUCAUAUUAGUUCGUAUUGGGGAGACACAGUUGUUACGUUUAGCUAAGCAUAAUAAUAAAAUUUACUAAUAGAUCUUUCAUUUUCAGAUAGCUAUAUUCUUUUAUGUGGAUUACAUGUAUGUAUUUUUAAAUUAUUUUCCAUAAAGUAUUGUUUAAAA